CAAAGAGACAUCCAGCCCCGAGACUCUGUGGAAAGAUGACGACACUGGCUUCCAAGAAAACAUUGUGCUUAAGAAAUACAGCUGCUAUUUGCCUCAUUGGCUCCAUUCUGGCAUUUGCUUUGUAUUUUGAGCCUCCCUCUCCUGUUUGCCCUACUACAUUAUCUCAAGAGGAAUAUCAUCAGGUCAAGCAUCCACAUGAAAAGCCCAUAGUUCUGGUGUGGUUCUGGCCUCUCGGUGUUAAGUUUGAUUUCAAUGUCUGCUCAACAUACUUCCACAUUGAUAGCUGUGUUCUGACAGAUAAUAGAUCUCUCUACAGUAAAGCAGAGGGAGUCAUUUUCUACCAGAAAAAAUAUACAGCGGUCUUUGCAUACAAUGCCGAAGGGACCCCCGUCCAGCUUUUCAGAAGUGGAUUUGGGUUCCAUGUGGAAUCGCCGACGAACACAUGGAGGACACCGAGUCUGAACAACCUGUUCAACUUAACGCUGAGCUAUAGAAGAGAUGCUGACAUCACCGUGAGGAAUGAGCUCACGAUCAGAAAGACAGAAAAUAAAGAUGACUUUGUUCUGCCCAAGAAAGACAAACUAGUGUGCUGGAUUGUUAGUAACAAAAACCCUGGAACUGGAACAGGUGUGAGAGAACGAUAUUAUCGUGAACUAUCCAAACACAUCAAGAUCCAACUGUUUGGUACAGCCUAUACAGGGCACCGUUUGAGUUAUGAUGACUAUUAUGCCACCAUUGCUAGCUGUAAGUUUUACCUCUCAUUUGAGAACUCAAUCCACAGAGACUACAUCACAGAGAAGGUUAACGGGCCCCUGGUGGCAGGGACGGUCCCAGUAGUUUUGGGUCCGCCAAGAGAAAACUACGAGCAGUUCCUUCCUGCCGAAGCCUUCAUUCACAUAAAUGAUUUCCCUGAUGCAAAGUCACUGGCAGACUUUCUGCUGAACAUGAAUGACGAGGCGUACGCCUGUUACUUUGAGUGGAGGAAGUUCUUCACAGCCACCCCUCAUCUGCUGUCAACCUAUAAUGAAUUCAUUCAUCCAAUCUGCCUCGCCUGUGACCACAUGUCAAGAGACAAGGAUUACCAUGUAGUUCACAACCUUUAUGAGUGGUACUUUAGAAAACAGCAUUGAGAACGUUGUUUGAUAACCUCCUAUAAACUUUGUUUCUCAACCCUGUUAUGUAAUCAUCUCCCACUCAAAUGGUCAGUUUUGUUUUCUGAAGCAAAAGUCCAUCUCACAAUGGUUGAACCAUCCUCUUAACAUCUGUUGCCUGUUUGUUAAUUGCAAAUAGAUGAUCCAGUAGGACCAUGUGAGGUAGAGACAGCUCUUUCAACCUUCUUUUAUGUAUAACUUUAUAUAUUCAUAAUUUAAUUAUAUAAUGCUCAUAUAUGAGAAUGUCACUGAUUCCGGUAAUUUU